UUCAUGUACAAAACCCCUCAGAAGUCCCCCUCUCCCACUUUUACAUGGGGUAACAGAACGCUACGUGACUGGAGUGCAGAUAGGCAUGAGGAUGAGGACUACUUGAACUUGAACAAGAGAGCUUAUGAGAAUUCUUUCCUCCAGGGGUCAAGAGGGUCUCAAGAUAAGCCGCUUUUUCCUUAAAAAGAAAACUUAAGAAUCAUGGAGCCCAAUUCCACGGAGGGAGGAGCUGAAGAGGCGCCCAUUAGAACUCGUCCACUAAAUCCAACUCACAAAGGGAUACUCAAACAUGGCCACGAGUUGGAGGAAGAGCAAGAAGAGUUGGCUGAACACCAGCCUCUGGAGCAGGAGGACCUGAACUUUGAGAAAUGGAAGCGCAAGCCUUUACCCAAGAGGACACUCCACCAGAAAAUAGACGACUUGAAGACAUACCUGUGGAAUGCAGAGACCAACGAAUUCAUGGGGCGCUCCGGAAAGAGCUGGAGCCUCAUCCUCCUCUUCUACGCUGCACUUUAUAUGUUUCUUGCAGCCAUGUUUGGAGGCUGUAUGUGUUGCCUCAUGUGGUCUAUUAGUCCCUACCAUCCAACGUACAACGACAGAGUGAUGCCACCAGGUAUGACGAUGGCCCCACACCUAGAUGGCCAUGACAUCGCCUUUAAUGCCUCUGAUCGCAAGUCUUGGAAGAAGUAUGCAAAGUCUAUGGACGAAUAUCUAAGACCAUAUAAUGAUGGUGCUCAGGAGAGGAAGAAUAUCCAGUGCUCGCAGGAGAAGUACUUCAUGCAGAAUGAUUUGGAGGAGAGUGCAGAGCGAAAAGCAUGUCAGUUCAAGAGGUCUUGGUUGGGGGACUGCUCAGGGCUGCAGGACCCCCACUAUGGCUAUUCUCAGGGAAAGCCAUGCAUCCUCCUUCGAAUGAACCGGAUUCUGGGGUACUUACCUGGCCAAGGCAAACCGAUAAAUGUGACAUGCGGAGUUAAGAAAGGGCCAUCGGAAGCCUUGGGAGACCUUCAGUUCUUUCCUAAAAGCAUUUUUGACCUGAAGUACUAUCCAUACUAUGGGAAGCUCAGACAUGUAAAUUACUCUUCGCCGGUGGUGGCUGUGCGUUUUAUAGGAGUGCAGUAUGACACCCACAUCCAAGUACAGUGCAAACUCAAUGGCAAGGGCAUCAUUAAUGAUUCACCCACUGACCGCUACCUGGGCAGUGUCACCUUCUCUUUGGAGGUGGGAGCAUAGGGCAAAAAUAGCACAAAGAGCAGGCUGCUCCCAUGACAGAACCAGACAGGAAAAUAUAUUACCAAUAUGAUUAGGCUAAACCAUUAUUUUACAUGAAAUACAGACUCCCCCCUCUCUUCAUCUUACAGUCAAAUAUCCACAUGCCUUCUGCUGGGAAAGCAAAUUCCUCAAGAAUGUAAUUGGAAUAUACAGUAGAUUACCCUUGUCCUUCUUCCAUUUCCUGUUGUACCUUUGUGCCUUGCUACAGGAGCACACAUGCACAUACAACACACAUGCACGCACGCACACACACACACACACACACACACACACACACACACACACACACACAUAGAGACAGUGCUGAGCACAAGACAAGUAGAGGGAGUGAGUUACAACUGAAUACCUGAUAUUUUGUAAUGAUUAGCAAGAUUAAUACAACUAAAUUCACAAAAUAGAAGGCAUCUUUUACACACUGCCCAGUAGUUAGCAUUUCUAGCUAUGCAAAUCCAAUUAUGACUUAAAACAUUAAUAGACAAGUAGAAAUACUGUUGAAUAAGGAUAGGAUAUGGUUUUGUGUGGCACAUUUGGUGUGACAUCAAAGUGUGUACUAAUUUGUUUUUUGCAUAUUUUUCAAACAUGUAUAUUUUAAGGAUUCCAAGAACUAUCAUGCAAACUUUGUCUGAAAGCAGGACUUAUACUGUACUUACACAGUAAAAAAAAAAGAAAAAAGAAAAAAAAGAAAGUAAUAAGUGACUGCAAAUACAAUAUUACUAUAUUGUGAGAUAUGUCAGUAUUAUUAUGCAUUUAUGAAAGCAUUACAAGCCACUUCUUGCCUUUUCUUUUGUAAAAACAUCUGACUGCUUUUGAAAUUGAAACACUGCAAGACUGUGAUCAAUAAAAGAGACAAACUGUGAAA